AUGGAUACGGAAUUCUAUGACGUGUCGAACGAGACGAUGUGCCCAGAGGGCUUCAACUUGACGCGGAACGGGACCCUCUGCGCACGCGCAUCAGGAGACUACGUACCAGCGGAUCCGAGUGUUCUACUCUACAUUAUAGGUGUGCUGACGUUUUACGGCUGCAGUUUACUCUUCCUGCUUCUGAAAUUCGUCCGGUCGGAGCAGGAGGACAUUGCGCUGGAGAGAUACCACGAGAUCUACAUCGAGAGGCAGGAGCUGAGAGACGAGAUGUCCCGGGGAUUCGUACGGGGAGGCAGGGCAGGCGGGACCGCCGGGGUGCCCGGGGUGUCCCGGGGACUCUUACGGGGUGGGAGGGCAGACGAUCCUGCCGGGGUGACCGGGGUGUCCCGGGGGUUUGUACGGGGUGGGAGGCCAGGUGGGCCCGCCGGGGUGCCCGGGAUGCCCCGGGGGUUUGUAAGGGGUGGCAAGGCAGGUGGGCCCGCCGGGGUGUCCCGGGGGUUGAUACGGGGCGGGAGAGCAGGUAGGCCCGCCGGGGUGUCCCGGGGGUUGAUACGGGAUGGGAGGGCAGGUGGGCCCGCCGGGGUGCCCGGGUUGGGUCGGGGUUCGAUACGAGGCGGGAGGGCGUUCAAGUCCGCCCAGUUUCCCGGGAUGGAUCAGGAUUUUAUACGAGAAGAGAACGGAGAUGGCAAGCAUUGCAAAGAAAAGAGCUAA